AUGAAUGAAGAAAGCGAACUUAUAAGUAGUCAACGAAGUUGUGCAGAUGAAGGAUGCUAUACUUUUCUGGCAAAGGAUCCCGGAGGUAAUAAAUUCACAUCAUAUGUUAUGGGUGACAAUAUUCAGGAUGAUCUCAUGGGUUUAACUUAG